AUCAUGCUUGGGAUUGAAUAUGUGAUUUUUACUGCCAUCCACUUGUACCAUUUUGCAUUAAACACUACAUCAGCUCGAGGACCAAUUCGAGCAAUCGAUUGGAGUGCUGGGAAAAGUUCAGUAUUGGAGAACAUUGUCGGUCGUGAUUUCUUACCUCGUGGGACGGGUAUUGUGACGAGAAGGCCUCUCAUUCUUCAUUUAUCGCAUGUGCCACCUGAUGAUGAAAUCCGACGAAGAAAACCCGAUGGGACGUUGCUCACUGAGGACUGGGCGAUGUUUGAGCACACAGGCGGAAAGAUUUUCACUGACUUUGGGGAGGUUCGAAAGGAGAUUGAAACCGAAACUGAUAGACUUACUGGUUCCAAUAAGGGUAUCUCUCCUAUACCUAUAAUACUCAGAAUAUAUUCGAAAAAUGUAGUAAACUUGUCACUGGUUGAUCUGCCUGGAAUUACAAAGAUUCCCGUUGGAGACCAACCAGCUAACAUUGAGGAGCAAAUUCGAGAGAUGUUGUUGUCGUACAUCUCCAACCCCUCUUCAAUCAUUCUAGCUGUAACUCCCGCAAAUCAAGACUUUGCUACUUCUGAACCUAUAAAAAUAGCACGCGAAGUAGAUCCUGAAGGCGGAAGAGGAUUCCGGCUGUUCUAUCAAUAA